CCCCUCCCCCUUCCCCGGCCUCCCCUCCCCCACGCCUCUCUCCUUCACCACCACCACCUCCUCCUCCUCAUCCUCCUCCUCCUCCUCCUCUGCCACUUUCUCUCUCUCUCCCAGGACGCGUCGGAUGAUCCGGGGCCGCUGGGGAAGGGCUCCGGGCAGCAGCAGGGAGGCUGCGUCCUCCUCCCGUCUCCGGCUGUGGGGAAAAAAAAAAAAAAAGCCGGUGGCCUCGGUGUUAUUUUGUAUUAAAAUGAGGAGGAGGAAGAAGAAGCAGCGGCAGCAGCGGCAGCGAGCGGUAGCGGAGAGGAGGAGAGGAGGCUGUGAGCAGGGGACGGCGGCGGCAGCAGCAGGAGGAGGAGGAGUAGUGAUGAGUCAACUAAUAAUUUAAUGGGGACAGAAACAGAGAGGGAGAGAGAGAGAGGAGGGGGGGAGCAGAGCAGAGCGAGGCAGCUCCGUCCGGGGACACACACACAUACACACACACAUAUCCAUGUAACAUCCAGCAACAACCACCAAACCGGCCUAAAUAACAACCAUACCCAGCCAGCCAGGGGAAACGAGAAUUAAAAAAAAAAGACAAAAUACAAAGCCUACCAUUAUUAUUCUUUUUCAAUUGUUACUGGGGUUUUUUUGCUGGCUUGGUUUUUGUUGUUGUUGGCUUUUUGCAACCUUUCUAUUUUAUAUUUUUUACCCCUUCUUGCGAGUAACUCUUCUCGGAGUUCCCAGAUUUUUUUUUUUUUUUUUUUUCUUUGCAGAAGCAGAACCAGUUUUUUGUUGUUGGUUAUCUUUUUUUUCCUUUUUUUUUUUUUUCCUAAUAGGAUCGGGGUUUUUUUUAAAUUAUAAUUUCUCCCGGUGUUGGACUCGGAGGGAGUGAAACCUCGUCACUUUUUUGUAGUGGUGGUGUGCCUUGUUGUGUGUUUCCUUCCUCCCCUCUGUUCUUUUUCUCUCUCCCCUCCUCUCUCGCUCCCUCUCUCCCCCUCGUCACUCGCACAACAGCCCCCGGUAAAUGAGAGGAGACAGGUCCUCUCUGCCUUUUUUUUUUUUUUUUUUUUUUUUUUUUCCCUCCCCGGACCGCAGAGGCGAGAUUAAAAGUGGCAUUUUAGUGCCUUUUCCUGCAAUUUUCUCUCCACUUUUUUUUUCUCUUUUUAUCUCCAGUAGCGAUCUCUGGGGCUGAGGUUUCCGCAGAAAGUUUGGGGGCUGUUACGGUGUAUAUUUUGCGGAGGGGGAGGGGAGCGGGCUCCUUCUGUGUGUGCUGCUCCUCUGGGUGCCUAUUGGAGAAUAAUAGUGUAAGUGACAACCUAGAAGUAGACUUUCUGCUCUUCACACUGGAUAGAAAAGCUGCCUUUUUUUUUCUUUGCUUUUUUUUUUUAAUAAUCCCCUUUCUCACUUGAUCCUUUAUGCAUUGGUUUUAUUUUUGAAAGGAUAGCUAGACUUAAAUCACCCUCCACCUUAAUUUAAACCUGCUACUUAUUUUUAAAUUAUUAUUAUUAUUAUUAAUUCCUCGUUUUGAGCGUUACACUUGUCUGAUCAAUUUGAUCUGCAGCUCUGUCUUCCGUUGCUAAACCUCGAAAACUGGCUCUCUCAAAAGAUAUUUAAUCUCUAUUUUUUUUUUUUGUCCAUUGCCAUUUUUGCUCAUGGCUACUCUGUUUCUCGCUAUCUGUUUUUGCCCCUCCCCGCCUAGAGGAAAAUAGCAACAAGAAAAAAAAAGAAAAAAAUAAGAGAAUAUUAGAGGAAGUAGUCCUCAGGUCUGCUGCCCCCCACCCCCCCCCCCCCCCCUUCAGAAAGGGGGGGGACCUAAAAACAUCAGUCUUGAACUUCUUCCUCUUCAAGAGCUCGGGCUGCAAAGGAAACCUCCUUUGUUUUUGUUAUUUAUAUGCUGUCAAGUUUUGAAGUGGUGAUCUUUAGAGGCGGGACUGAGUAUGGAUCAUUUGAACGAGGCAACUCAGGGGAAAGAACAUUCAGAAAUGUCUAACAAUGUAAGCGAUCCGAAGGGUCCACCAGCCAAAAUUGCGCGCUUGGAACAGAAUGGGAGCCCAUUAGGAAGAGGAAGACUUGGAAGUACAGGAACUAAAAUGCAAGGAGUGCCUUUAAAACACUCUGGACACCUGAUGAAAACUAAUAUUAGAAAAGGAAGUAUGCUUCCAGUUUUCUGUGUAGUGGAACAUUAUGAAAAUGCCAUUGAGUAUGAUUCUAAGGAGGAGCAUGCAGAAUUUGUGUUGGUGAGGAAGGAUAUGCUUUUCAACCAGCUGAUUGAAAUGGCAUUGCUAUCUCUUGGAUAUUCUCACAGCUCUGCUGCCCAAGCAAAAGGGCUUAUCCAGGUUGGGAAGUGGAAUCCAGUUCCACUCUCCUAUGUGACAGAUGCCCCUGAUGCUACAGUAGCAGACAUGCUGCAAGACGUGUAUCAUGUGGUCACACUGAAAAUCCAGUUACACAGUUGCCCUAAACUAGAAGACUUGCCUCCUGAACAAUGGUCUCACACAACAGUAAGAAAUGCUCUGAAGGACUUACUGAAGGAUAUGAACCAGAGUUCAUUGGCCAAGGAAUGUCCCCUUUCGCAGAGUAUGAUUUCUUCCAUUGUGAACAGCACUUACUAUGCAAAUGUCUCAGCAGCAAAAUGUCAGGAAUUUGGAAGGUGGUAUAAACAUUUCAAGAAGGCAAAAGAUAUGAUGGUUGAGAUGGAUAGCCUUUCUGAACUAUCCCAGCAAGGUGCCAACCAUGUCAACUUCGGUCAGCAGCCAGUCCCAGGGAACACAGCCGAACAGCCUCCAUCUCCUGUUCAGCUUUCUCAUGGUAGUCAACCAUCAGUUCGGACCCCGCUUCCAAACCUGCACCCUGGACUUGUAUCUACUCCCAUUAGCCCUCAGCUGGUAAAUCAGCAGCUGGUAAUGGCCCAGUUGCUGAACCAGCAGUAUGCAGUGAACAGACUUCUAGCCCAGCAGUCCUUAAACCAACAGUACUUGAACCACCCUCCUCCUGUCAGUAGAUCCAUGAACAAGCCGUUGGAGCAGCAGGUCUCAACGAACACAGAGGUGUCUUCCGAAAUCUACCAGUGGGUUCGUGAUGAAUUGAAACGAGCAGGAAUCUCACAGGCAGUAUUUGCACGCGUGGCUUUUAACCGAACUCAGGGCUUGCUCUCAGAAAUCCUCCGAAAAGAAGAGGAUCCCAAGACUGCCUCUCAGUCCUUGCUGGUAAACCUUCGGGCUAUGCAGAACUUCUUGCAGCUGCCGGAAGCAGAACGAGAUCGAAUUUACCAGGACGAAAGGGAAAGGAGCUUGAACGCAGCGUCCGCCAUGGGCCCGGCGCCUCUCAUCAGCACACCGCCCAGCCGGCCUCCACAAGUCAAAACUGCUACUAUUGCUACAGAGAGGAAUGGAAAACCAGAAAACAAUUCCAUGAACAUUAAUGCUUCCAUUUAUGAUGAGAUUCAGCAGGAAAUGAAGAGAGCUAAGGUGUCCCAAGCACUGUUUGCGAAGGUUGCAGCAACCAAAAGCCAGGGGUGGCUCUGUGAGCUGUUACGUUGGAAAGAAGAUCCAUCACCAGAAAACAGGACCCUCUGGGAGAAUCUCUCCAUGAUCCGAAGGUUCCUCAGUCUUCCUCAGCCUGAACGCGAUGCCAUUUAUGAACAAGAAAGCAAUGCAGUUCAUCACCAUGGUGACAGGCCUUCCCACAUUAUCCAUGUGCCAGCAGAACAGAUUCAGAGCCCCUCUCCCACCACCCUUGGGAAAGGAGAGCAUAGAGGCGCUUUCCUACCAGGCCUGCUGACCGCUGGACCUUGGCUGGGUGCUGCUCCGCAGCAGCAGCAGCAGCAACAGCAACAACAGCAGCAGCAACAGCAACAACAGCCAGGUCCCAGACUACCCCCAAGGCAACCGACAGUAGCAUCACCAGCUGAAUCUGAGGAUGAAAAUCGUCAGAAACCCCGACCGCGAACAAAGAUUUCUGUGGAGGCCCUAGGGAUCCUACAGAGUUUCAUACAAGAUGUAGGCCUGUAUCCAGAUGAAGAAGCAAUCCAGACUCUCUCCGCUCAGCUUGACCUGCCCAAGUACACCAUUAUCAAGUUCUUUCAGAACCAGCGAUAUUAUCUCAAGCACCAUGGGAAGCUGAAGGACAAUUCUGGUUUGGAGGUGGAUGUUGCAGAAUACAAGGAAGAAGAGCUGCUCAAGGAUUUAGAAGACAGCAUCCAAGACAAAAAUGCAAACACGCUUUUUUCAGUUAAACUAGAAGAAGAGUUAUCAGUAGAAGGGAACACAGAGAUUAAUGCUGAAUUGAAAGACUGAUCUAAAAGUAUUAUUUUCUUUCAACAGUGCCGCUGGUAUUUACUAAUGAAAUGAAAAUUCCAUCUUGCGUUGUGUCAAAAACCCUUAUUAUUCAUUGUUUGGCCAAUGAAUCUUCCAAAACUUGCACAAAAGUUGAAAAAAAGGAUAAUGCAGACUGCACUAGAUGUUUUACUCUAUUUUACAAACUGCUUCGCAGCAACAGAUGAAGCAUUGAGGAUUGUUUGUUAUUAAUUUGUGUUCACUGGAUACACUGUGAGUGUACCCAAUAAGCAUGAUACCAGUGAUUUUGAUUCUGGAGCCUUCAGACAAGCAUUACAACUUUUGUGAUUUACUGUUUUUUCGUUUCUGUUUUGUUCUUGUUUUUUAAUUAUUACUGUAGCACUCCACACUUGAUCUUUGAAAAAUCACAUUUAUUUAAAAAAAUAAAAUAAAAAGAGUUUGUUACUCUUGUUCUAUUGUAUGUUACAAAAGAACUAUAGACUGUGGAAUGCAGUUUAAAGAUAACAUAUGCCAACAAAUGCCUUGUAUUAUAUGGCACUGCCGUAAUUCAGAUUUGUUUUCUUUUGGAAAUAAAGGUCACUGUAUUUUUUUUUCCAUUCUCAUUGUUACAUGGUUUUAGAGAAAAUGAAAAAGAAAAUGUGAAACACGAUUUAGUCCUCAUUAUUUAUUUGUAGAUCCUGCAGCAUCAUGUUGUAAUUAAUUUUUUUGGAAGUUUCCGUUAAAUGUAAUAUUGCUUCUCUUGUUACCAUACUGAUUUUUUUUCUAUUUAUAAAUGUAUUUUGAUGGGCAGUAAAACAAAGUGUCUUAAAAGUUUUAAAUAGAGAAAAUGUGCUUUACACAGUUGCCUAUAAAAAGUGCUCUAUGUUAUCCAAGCAAUUCAUACUAUAAGCUUCACUCUUAUUGUUGUAUGCAAUUUUUACUAUCAUGCAAAUAAGCUUAGGUAAAUAAAACUAAUAGAUCACCUUAGAAACUUAUGCAAUUAAUGUGAAAAUAAUUGAUGUUUGCAAUGUGUCUUCCUUUGGUUUACAAUCAAUUUUAAAGCUACAGCUGUAUAAAUUUUCUGUAUAAAGGUGUAUUUCUUUUUUAUGAGUUUAUUGCUAUGAAAACACCAGUUAUUUUGUUACAGCUGGCUGUUUUUAUAAGUGUAUCACAAUUUUCUUUAUGCAGAAAUGUUCUGACUAGGAGUGGUUAUUGACUGUAACUACACAAUUAAAAUUGUUUGUAUGGUA